CUUCGUCCCCGGAAAUGACUUUGUACCGUCAAGACACAGAGUGGACUAUGUCAACAGCUAUCAGAUUGCGCCAUUUUUUUUUUUUUUUCAUGUCCUAGACGUUAUCUCUAGUGCGCAAGGAAUAAAAAUUUUCCCAGAUUAAUAAAAAAAAAAAAAAACAAGCAUUCAAUAAUAACAUGUUGCGGCGGUAGUUAGUACUAUAGUUAAUUAACUGCGCCAGCAUUGAUGGCCAGACGUUGGCCCAGCAAUUUUGGCGCAGUUUGAACACCGUGUUGGAAGGUACUGGCUGGUGCUGGCGAGUGUUGGUGAAAUUUUAAUUGAGCUCAAACUUUUGCCAAGAACCAGCCAGCAUUUCCUUGUCUCGUGGUCAUUCGAGCAUAUCACACCUUUGCUGGCGCAGUCUGUACAAGAACCCAACAAUUCUGGGCUCAUUAGCAUCAUUUUCAUAGCAAAAAAAUUUCACGCGUCUGAAUAACGCUGUCAUUACAACAAAUGUUCCCGCAUCUAUAAUAAAGUUUGCACACGACCUAACACCGGCCCAGCACUCCGCCAGCGUUGCUGGCCCAAGCAGGUUGCACAGGGCUUUAUCCGUUCUGACGUAUAGUGUUCCUAAUCGUCGAAAUCUACGACGUAAAACACAUUGGUUUGAGCUAGGAGCAUAUUCGGGGAAGGCGCUUAUUCAAGCAAUUAUGGUAAGUUGUCUUUCUUUUGCUGUUAUUUUCCUGACAAAAGCCAGAGCGCUCACAAGUUUGCCACCCAAAAAGUCACAUGAUUCCUUAGUACUAUACGCCUACUGCUAAUGGUAAUGGGAUGUCAACUGAUAGUUGAUAAACAAAAAAUAAGAGUUUUUUUUAGCCAUUUUUUUCGUUGCGCGGGGAUCGGUUCAUGUUGAGAAGCGCACGUCGAAUAAUGCUAAGUUGAUGUUGUGAAUCUACCUAACGAAGAUAUCCUGGGAGCAGAAUUACCAAAUCCAAUCAUUUUUUUAACUUUUGUUAAAAAAAAAUGAUGGGUUGCAUCCCCUAAAAUCGUAUCCCAACAUGCUGUUCGCUUAUAACCUCGACCCAAUCCCACGCGCAACAUUAGAAAUAGCAAAUGACUCGAUAUCUUCAAGGCGAUGCGCAGUUUGAGCUUGUCAAAAUGGUUUUGCAAUUCGGUAAGGUGAUAACGUGAGAAAAGCCGCACGUGCUAUGAGGCGCUAUAUGCUGCUAUACGGCCCUAUGUCAACCAUGUUUACCACCGCAAUAUCUGUGAAAUAUUUGCCGCUGACAUGACAGCUAUCGUGGUGCUGGCGGUACGCGAUAUGUUUACUGCCAUCCCCAGCUGGCAAAAAGGAAAUCAGUUUCGAAAGUUGAUGUGGCAUGUUUUUGGAACAAACAUCCUGCGAAUAGGUAGCACCAUAGAGAAAAGGUAAACCGUUAGGUCGAAUAGACAAGGAUAAGAUUGCAGAUAAGCUGUACGAGAAACUUGGUGGUCUGUGGUCUGUGCAGGCAUGGUGAAAACAGGAAGAUAAAUCAAGAUCACAAGUUUGAAGUAUAAUUCGUCAACUUGAAUUUGUCAGUUUAUUAAAAAAAUCGAGGGAGACACGCGUUUGGGACCUACAUAAUCCUUAUUACUCUAAUUAAUCUAUUCAGUCGUAAAACUAACGCAAAGGCGUUUUUCCUACAGACUUUGCUAUGGUAGGUUACAAAUAUACCGACAAAGAUACAAUAGAGGCUAGUCAUCGAUGUUCCAAGUGUGGAUUUAUUCUUAAGGACGCUGUCCAGACAGAUUGCGGGCACCGGUACUGCCUCUCGUGCAUCAGCCCCUUGGUCAGUCAAGGUUCAACGAGAUGCAGUGCAGUAUGUAACUCCACUGUAGUCAAAUCUAAGUGGUUCAGGGACAAAAUUGCCGAUCGCGAGGUUUUGGACCUUCCUGUGCACUGUGUGAACCAGCACCUGGGCUGCCCUUGGGAGGGAGAACUGCGACACAGACAGGCGCACAUUGAAAACCCAUGCCCGUUCAAGCGUGCAGUUGUACGCCAAGCUCGGGCGGAGGAACCGGCCCCUGGUUAUGUUGAGGAGCUCCGAUGUAUUUCUGUAUUAAUAAAUGAGGUGCUCAUCAAGCUUUCUAAAUCGAUAAUUAAGCUAGAAGAACAGAUGCUUGAUAUGGCCAGCAGACAGGAUCUGCACAGGGUAAUAGAUGAGGAACUCAUAAGGAUUACCAAACGAAUAAAAGAAGUGCAGGAAGAGAUUCACUGGCUGCGCUGCCGACAGGAGCUGCCAGCCCGUCGACCAUCCCACUUAGCGAUAGACUGCGUGGAUGGACAAGUCAACUAGAUGUAAAAUUCAGGCGCGUACUUAAAGGGGUGCGCGUGCCCUUGGCCGCCAAAGAGUGGAUCAUUACUUAUUUAAGGAUAAUCAAAUACUAUCAUUUUUCUAUAUUAUACCUAUGACUGCGCACGCCACCCCUAUCCCCUCAGAAUUUUCUGGGUACGCGCCUGCAAGGAUCACCACGAGGCAAUGCAGAGCCGUAGCAAGCCCCGUAAGAUUUGGGAGGGGGGGGGGUGCACAAUGAAGAAACAUUAAGAAAAUAUUGGGGGGGGAGAACAGUCACGCCCCUACUGGUCAUUUCCUUAAGAUUUUUAAAGAUAUUUGGGGGGAGGGGAAAAGCCCCCAGUGCACCACCCCCUGCUACGGCCCUGCAAUGUAGUAUCACGUGACCUCAUGCCUCUCCAUCUCUUCCCACUUCUCAUGAGUUACCCAAAAUAACUACAUAAUUUAAUAUACUUACGUGAUUUCUUUGUAAAUGUAUAUAUCAAGUUUUAUUAUAGAAAGUAUUACAUAUUACAAAACAAUAAAAUGCCGUUGUUAAGGCACCAAA